GCCCCGGCCCCGCCCCGGCCGCUGCCGUCCCCUUUGUCAGCGCUCGGCGGCGGGCAGAGUCCCGGGCCUGGAGAGCGGUGUCCGCGCCGCCCCCGCCGCCCAUGGACGGCACGCCGCCUCCCUAGCGACGUCCGCUGCUGCCGCCAUGAGGAGAUGAUGAACUAAAGCUAAAGAUGGUCCACUACGAAUGUGUGUGUGAAGGCACGUCCUGCGGCAAUAGAGACCGCUGCCAUGGCCAGCAGUGCUUUGCUUCCCUGAGCAUUAAUGACGGUGCCAAGGUCUACCAGAAAGGCUGCUUCCAAGUCUAUGAACAAGGGAAGAUGACCUGCAAGACCCCUCCCUCUCCAGACCAGGCAGUGGAGUGCUGCCAAGGCUACCUGUGCAACAUGAACAUCACUGCCCGGCUGCCUUCUUCUAAAGGCCAAACCUUCCAAGGAGAUGCUGCAGGUUACAGCAUGGAGACACUAAUCAUUGUGAUCCUGGCUCCCGUGAUCGUGCUGGUGGUGUUCUCCGCAGUGGCUGUGCUGAUCAUCCGCAGGAUACGGAAGAACCACAUGGAGAGGCUCAACUCCAGAGAUGCAGAAUAUGGCACAAUUGAGGGGCUGAUUGCAUCCAACGUUGGGGACAGCACCUUGGCAGAUUUACUGGACCAUUCCUGCACAUCUGGCAGUGGUUCUGGGCUUCCCUUCCUGGUGCAAAGGACAGUGGCUCGCCAGAUCACGCUGGUGGAGUGUGUAGGAAAGGGCCGUUAUGGAGAAGUUUGGAGGGGUCAGUGGCAAGGAGAAAAUGUUGCUGUGAAGAUCUUCUCUUCAAGGGAUGAGAAAUCCUGGUUCAGAGAGACUGAGUUGUACAACACUGUAUUGCUGCGGCAUGAAAACAUCCUAGGUUUUAUUGCAUCUGAUAUGACUUCCAGGAACUCCAGCACCCAGCUGUGGUUGAUCACUCACUACCACGAGAUGGGGUCCCUGUACGACUACCUGCAGCUCACCACCCUGGACACGGUCAGCUGCCUGCGCAUCGUCCUGUCCAUCGCCAGUGGGCUGGCACAUUUGCACAUCGAGAUCUUUGGCACCCAGGGCAAGCCUGCCAUCUCCCACCGCGACCUCAAGAGCAAGAACAUCCUGGUGAAGAAGAACGGGCAGUGCUGCAUAGCAGAUCUAGGCCUUGCAGUGAUGCACUCCCAAAGCACCAACCAGCUGGAUGUGGGGAACAAUCCCCGUGUGGGCACCAAGCGCUACAUGGCUCCAGAGGUCCUGGAUGAGACCAUCCAGGCAGACUGCUUCGACUCCUACAAAAGGGUGGACAUCUGGGCCUUUGGGCUGGUCCUCUGGGAGGUGGCCAGGCGCAUGGUUAGCAAUGGUAUUGUGGAAGACUACAAACCACCAUUUUAUGACUUGGUGCCCAACGACCCCAGUUUUGAAGACAUGAGGAAAGUGGUCUGUGUCGAUCAGCAGAGGCCCAACAUUCCCAACAGAUGGUUCUCAGACCCUACGCUGACGUCCCUUGCCAAGCUGAUGAAGGAAUGCUGGUACCAGAACCCCUCGGCGCGACUCACAGCCCUGCGAAUCAAAAAGACUUUGACCAAAAUUGACAAUUCCUUAGACAAACUGAAAGCUGACUGUUGACCUUCUCCUGGUGGUGUUCUCCCGGUAGGAAGGCAUCUGUCUGGCUCCGAAGCAGCCUGGCUGGACAGGUUCUGUGGUGUUUCCCCACGGGGCUGCUCGGAGAGACAGAAGGUUCUCACUCGGGGGCCAGCAGAACCUCAACGGACCUUGCCGAGUGGCUGCCAGGGGCAUUUCACCAAGGGACAAGCUACAAGGACUCACGCUGGAUGAACUGUUGCAAAGGUAGUGGCCUGAAGGAAGACAGAGAAAUCCUAACACAAGAUCAGGGCAUUAAACGAUGGCUUUGAACAGCUUUUUUUUUUUCCUCUCUUUGUUUCGUUUGGGUUCUUUUUUCAUUCAUUCUCCUCGAGAGAGGGGGAGGUUGGGGUGGGGUUAAAAGAUUUUAAUCAGCAAUAUUGCCUGUGCUUCUCUUCUUUAUUGCACUAGGAAUUCUUUGCAUUCCUGACUUGCACUGUCACUGUUAAUUGGGAUGACAAGACUUGCCAAACCCACCUCGAUUGGCUUCGUCCUGCAUUGAUCUAUGCCUGAGUUGGUAGGAAUUUGGGGAGCUGCAAACUGUACCUAUCAAAUAGAUGAUAUCUCUCUUUUUUUUUUUCUCCCCUUCCCUAAGCCUCAUUUUACACGUGUACUGAUGUUUACAAAACAAUGCUGAACAUUAGGAACUUCUCCUUUCUACAAAACCCUCCAACAUUUAUUUAUUACACAGCUCACUCAUCACUUGUUCUUUUGGGGUGGUUUUUGCUUUUGUUUGGGGUUUUUUUUUUUCCUUUUUAAACUGUUUCCAAAAAGUUUUAAGUGCAUAAAGUUUUAAAGCUUAUUUUUAUGUGGCCUCUUUUUCUCUCUCCUGAUUCCUUCCCCCCCCCACCACAUCUUUGGGACCCUUAAUUCUUUUGGUAACACAGUAUAAUAACCUGA